CAGAUCUGACCCGGUAGCCGCAUAUCAGCUGGCCGCCGCUGAAGCAAGAAGAGGACAACAAACCUAUGGAAAGCGUUAUCGCAAAUCUUUUCUGAAAGGGAAUAAAUGAGAAAAUCGCGGUUAUAAAGAGAGGAAGUAGUCUUCAACAGCUAGCGAGAGCGCUAAAUGUACCAGAAGUAACGGACCUGGUUCUCAACAAGGUGGAGUUUUGUGAGCGAGGGCUACCCAUCGAUUGCGCUUUACGCUAUUCGGUUACCAGAUGCAGGAACCUGAUCGACAGGUUGCGCGAAGAUAAGAGCUGCCUUUUUCUGGAAGUAUUAAACCGUUACACCAGAACAAACAAGCAAAGAAGAACAGUAAUUGGAUUUCCUAUAUGGAAUUAAAUGAAAGAGUUUUAAAGAAAUAUCAGAUUUUUUUUUUUUUUUACACACAAUUCGCAUUUAGAUAUGUCUUCUUUAACGAUGUGUGAAUGACUGCUGUAUAUGGAACGAACACAUCCUGUCAUUUGAAGUGAAGUUUGUGCGUAACAGGUCGCUGAGAACACAACAUUUACAUAGAAGAAGGACUGAUGAAAACGAACCGGGCAGAGUAGAGGAAGAAGAAGGUAGUUAGUUUAAGCAAUAUGGCUGAAUUGUGGGGUAGGGGACACUGUCUGGAACUACUCAAAGAGUCUGGAUGCUAGUUAUAGGACAUGGCAACAUAUCCCUGGGCAUCGGUAGCCUCAGAAUAAUGCCUAAAGGUAAACAUAGUUACUAUCCGGACUCUCCCUCUAUCCGCAUAUCCAAGAUGGAUGUGAUCAUCCCGUUCUCCCCAGAUGUGCCCUGUGAUAGCAACGGGCAGCGCAUGUGGUGGGCUUUCCUUGCCUCCUCCAUGGUUACGUUCUUUGGGGGUCUCUUCAUCAUUCUGCUCUGGAGAUCUCUCAACUACCUGUGGACCGUCUGCUGCCACUGUAAUACCAAAAAAAAGAAUGUUCAUCGGGUCCAUCACCCUAUCUCCCAUGGGGAUGGCGUCAAGCACACCAAGGAGACGGUGGCUGCACUCAGCGAGGUGGGCUGGAUGACCUCCGUAAAAGAUUGGGCCGGGGUCAUGAUAUCAGCCCAGACACUGACGGGCAGAGUCCUGGUGGUGCUUGUCUUUGCCCUCAGCAUCGGAGCCCUUGUAAUAUACUUCAUCGAUUCCUCUGACCCCAUCGAGUCCUGUCAGAACUUCUACAAAGACUUCACGCUACAGAUCGACAUGGCUUUCAACGUCUUCUUCCUCUUGUACUUUGGUCUACGGUUCAUAGCGGCCAAUGACAAGCUGUGGUUCUGGCUGGAGGUGAACUCGGUGGUGGACUUCUUCACUGUUCCCCCGGUGUUCGUGUCCGUCUAUCUCAACAGGAGCUGGCUUGGCUUACGGUUUUUAAGGGCCUUAAGAUUGAUACAGUUCUCAGAAAUCUUACAGUUUUUGAAUAUAUUAAAAACAAGCAAUUCCAUAAAACUGGUGAACUUGUGUUCAAUCUUCAUAAGCACAUGGCUAACAGCUGCAGGCUUCAUACAUUUGGUGGAAAACUCAGGGGAUCCUUGGGAAAACUUCCAAAAUUCCCAGUCACUUUCCUACUGGGAAUGUGUCUACUUACUGAUGGUUACCAUGUCCACUGUGGGCUAUGGAGACGUGUAUGCCAAAACUACCCUGGGACGACUUUUCAUGGUGUUCUUCAUCCUCGGUGGUUUGGCCAUGUUUGCGAGCUACGUCCCUGAAAUCAUAGAGUUAAUAGGAAACCGCAAGAAAUAUGGUGGUUCCUAUAGUGCUGUUAAUGGGAGAAAGCACAUCGUGGUCUGUGGUCAUAUUACCCUUGAAAGUGUGUCCAACUUCCUUAAAGACUUCCUACACAAGGACAGGGAUGAUGUCAAUGUAGAAAUUGUUUUUCUCCAUAAUAUUUCCCCUAAUCUUGAGCUGGAAGCCUUGUUCAAGCGGCACUUCACCCAGGUGGAGUUCUACCAGGGAUCUGUUCUCAACCCACACGACCUGGCCAGAGUCAAGAUAGAGUCAGCAGAUGCCUGUUUGAUCCUAGCUAAUAAAUACUGUGCAGACCCUGAUGCUGAGGAUGCUUCCAACAUCAUGAGGGUGAUAUCCAUCAAGAACUACCACCCGAAGAUCAGAAUCAUUACCCAGAUGUUGCAGUACCACAACAAGGCCCACCUUUUGAACAUUCCCAGUUGGAACUGGAAGGAGGGUGACGAUGCCAUUUGCCUUGCUGAGCUGAAGCUUGGCUUCAUCGCACAGAGUUGUCUGGCUCAGGGCCUCUCCACCAUGCUGGCCAACCUCUUCUCCAUGAGGUCCUUUAUCAAGAUUGAAGAGGACACGUGGCAGAAGUAUUAUCUGGAAGGAGUAGCCAAUGAAAUGUAUACUGAGUACCUGUCUAGUGCCUUUGUGGGCUUAUCCUUCCCCACCAUUUGUGAACUCUGCUAUGUGAAGCUAAAGCUGCUACUGAUCGCUAUCGAGUACAAGUCUGAUAUACGGGAAAGCAGCACUCUCAUCAACCCCGGGAACCAUGUGAAGAUGCAGGAAGGUACCUUGGGGUUCUUUAUCGCCAGCGAUGCCAAAGAAGUUAAGAGGGCACUUUUCUACUGCAAAGCUUGCCACGAUGACAUCACAGAUCCUAAAAGGAUAAAGAAAUGUGGAUGCAAACGAUCAAAAAAUAACUAUAACGGAUAUAUCAAAUCAAUGGAAGAAGAGCAGCAGUCAGCUGUUUCGCCUAAAAAGAAACAAGGCAAUGGAAACACAAGGAACUCACCCAACGGUUCACCAAAAAUGAUGAGGCAUGACCCUCUCCUCAUGCCGGGGAACGAACAGAUUGAGAACAUGGAUGUAAACGUGAAGAAGUACGACUCCACAGGGAUGUUCCACUGGUGCCAGUCCAAAGACAUCGAGAAGGUCAUCUUGACCCGGAGCGAAGCUGCCAUGACUGUUCUAAGCGGCCACGUGGUCGUCUGUAUAUUUGGAGACGCAAAGUCGGCUUUGGUGGGCCUUAGGAACCUUGUGAUGCCUCUGAGAGCUAGCAACUUCCACUACCACGAGCUGAAACCCAUCGUGUUUGUGGGUUCUCUGGAGUACCUGAAGAGGGAAUGGGAGACCCUUCACAACUUCCCCAAAGUCUCCAUCUUACCUGGCACACCAUUGAGCCGGGCCGAUCUGAGGGCCGUCAAUAUCAACCUCUGUGACAUGUGUGUCAUCCUGUCGGCCAAUCAGAGCAAUAUCGACGACGCUUCACUGCAGGACAAGGAAUGUAUCCUGGCGUCACUCAACAUCAAGUCUAUGCAGUUUGACGACAGCAUCGGGGUGUUGCAGGCUACCUCCCAAGGCUUUACCCUGCCAGGCAUGGACAGGUCUUCUCCUGAAAACAGUCCAGUUCACGGGGGGUUGGUCCGACAGGCUUCCAUCACAACAGGAGCCAAUGUCCCCAUCAUCACUGAACUAGCACCGUUAGUAAAAGCAGCAGGCAAAGUCCUACCUGUGAUUUCAUUCAGUCAGGAUACAAGCAGUGGGAUCAACAUACACAUAAUAACAGAACUGGUGAAUGACUCCAAUGUUCAGUUCCUGGACCAGGAUGACGACGACGACCCUGACACAGAGUUGUACCUCACUCAGCCCUUCGCCUGUGGGACGGCUUUCGCAGUGAGCGUGCUGGAUUCCCUGAUGAGUGCUACAUACUUCAAUGAUAAUAUCCUCACCCUGAUCCGGACGCUGGUAACAGGGGGGGCCACCCCGGAGCUGGAGGGUCUGUUGGCGGAGGAGAACGCAUUACGAGGAGGCUACAGCACGCCGCAGACCCUCGCUAACCGGGACAGGUGUCGUGUUGCACAGUUAGCCUUGUACGACGGGCCUUUCGCUGACUUGGGGGAUGGUGGUUGCUACGGUGACUUGUUUUGUAAAGCGUUAAAAACAUACAACAUGCUUUGCUUCGGAAUUUACCGAUUGAGGGACGCCCAUCUAAACACACAAAGUCAUACAAGUCAAUGCACUAAACGAUAUGUAAUAACCAACCCACCGUAUGGUUUUGAGCUGGUGCCAUCAGACCUGAUCUUCUGCCUGAUGCAGUUUGACCACAACGCGGGUCAGUCCCAGGCCAGCCUCACCCAUAGCUCCCACUCCUCCCAUUCCUCCAGCAAAAAGAGCUCCUCCGUCCAUUCUAUCCCCACCACCAACCGCACCAACCGCGCCAAGAGCAGGGACUCACGGGAUAAACAAAAGAUGAAUAGAAUGGGCCAAGAAAAGACAUGCUUUAUAGAUGAGCCUGAGAACGCAGCCUACCCCAGGAAGUCACACUCUAGUCACACAGCCAACCACCAGGUCAACCACCAGGUUAACCAGAACCCUUACAAAUCCACCAACAACCUCAUCCCGUCCAUCAGAGAGGUGGAGGGCGAAUACUGAACUACAGAACCCAAUGUUGAGACCUACCGUACAACCCACCUGGAGAACACCUGGAACUAGAGCCCAAGAACAGCUAGAACCCACCUACAGAACACCUGGAACUAGAACCCCAAAACAGCUAGAACCCACCUACAGAACACCUGGAACUAGAACACAAGAACAGCUAGAACCCACCUACAGAACACCUGGAACUAGAACACAAGAACAGCUAGAACCCACUUACAGAACACCUGGAACUAGAACCCAAGAACAGCUAGAUCCCAACUAGAGAACGCAUGGAACUAGAACACAAGAACAGCUAGAACCCACCUACAGAACACCUGGAACUAGAACACAAGAACAGCUAGAACCCACUUACAGAACACCUGGAACUAGAACCCAAGAACAGCUAGAACCCAACUAGAGAACGCAUGGAACUAGAACACAAAAACAGCUAGAACCCACCUAGAGAAUGCAUGGAACUCCACCCUGAUCCAGUGGAACUGGAAUCUGAAGAACAAUUUAAAGCUAGGAUCCUUAGUUGCUACAUCAAUUUAUGGACUUAUAAAUGAAUGAUCAAAACAUCAAUGCUGCAUAAUAAACCUCAUGGAAAGGUGCGUAUGUACAGUAGCUACAGUAACAUCAUAUCAACAGGCUUCUUGACAUGUUUAAUACAUAUGAAUAUGUAAAUGAAGUAAUAGACAUUUAAAUAAAAUCAGAUGUCAAUCAGAUGUACAAGGCAGUCAGUCACUAAUGCUAACACUGUAGUUUACACAGCCAGUUCCAUAGUGACCAGACUCCAUCAGUUGAACCAUUUUGGAGAAUGAGGGUCGCUUCAGUCAGAGUAGCAAAGCAACGCAAUGCCAGAUAACAUAUGAUGAAACAUUAUAAUAGAGUGUUAUCAAACUGGACUGAUUAUUUGCCAAUAAAAACCAUAUAUACGCUGUUGACUGUCAUUUGUACAAUGACAUUUCAAGACUGACACGUAUCGACCGAUGUAUCCAGGAUUGGAUAGUCAUACUGCUUCCAUGGGGUUUUUGGCAAACCUGGUAAGAUUCAAUACAAAACAAUGCUAUAUGAUAUGACGGUCUUUUCUGUUAAACGCAGUCCCACACCAAUUAUAUUAUUUAGCGGAUCGUUUGUGGACCGUCAUUGGGAUGAGAGUAAAAUCACCAUCUAUAUUUGUGGUUGAUAGUCAGAGUUCAUGUCAGAAUGGUACAUGGUAUUGUACUGGCCCCAGCCUUAUUUCGAUUGGCCAGUUUGUUUGAGUGACAGUAUGUAUAUCAAAUCCCAAACAACCUGCAAAUGUUAAAUAUAUAGGCAAUGUGUGAUGUGGAUGGAAUGACACUGGAAAUACAUUUAAAAAACACAUUCUCUAUUCAUUUGGCACGUUUGACCUGUCAUUAUAAUGCCAUUGCUAUAACCCAAAUGUGAGCUGUUUCCGAGGAGACACUGGAGGAUGUUGAGUAACGUUAGCAAUCUGAGCAGCAAAUAAGAUACAUAUUAAUGACCUUAAUAGGUUUGCCUAUUCGAUUAGGUUAUACUGUAUAACCCUACCUAUAUAACCCUAUCAAUACCUUAUUGACUUUGAUAGGCCUACCUGAAACCAAAAGGGUGGGUUAUAUACUGUAAAAUGAUGAUAACAUCAUAUCACCAAGGAUGAGGUGAAAGAUCGAGCAUGCCACAUGCCACAAGUGGGCAUAAAUACCUGUAGCUCCAGUCCCAUUGCAACUCUCUCUUAGUACAGUAGAGGAGUUCUCACUAACGCCCUGGACCAGAGCUAAUGCACCUAUCUAUACCUGUAGACAGGUCCUCCUUUGGCUAUAAGCACUGCCUGCCACUGGCCUGCCUGGCACUGGCCUGCCUGGCACUGGCCUGCCUACCUGCCUGGCACUGGCCUGCCUACCACUGGCCUACCUGGCGCUGGCCUGCCUACCACUGGCCUGGCAUGGAGGCACCGGAGAAGCUUGGAUGUUCUCCAUGACCAGUCCCAGCGCUGUACCCAGACAGUCGAAGACCAGUCACAGCUCUGUACUCAGACAGUAGAAGACCAGUCACAGCUCUGUACUCAGACAGUAGAAGACCAGUCCCCACGCUGUACUCAGACAGUAGAAGACCAGUCCCAACGUUGUACUCAGACAGUAGAAGACCAGUCCCAACUCUGUACUCAGACAAUAGAAGACCAGUCCCAACUCUGUAUUCAGACAGUAGAAGACCAGUCCCCACUCUGUACUCAGACAGUAGAAGACCAG